AUGCUGCUCCUGUCGACCAGUCUUGACACACGGCAGUUUCGUGGCAAGUUCCUUCCGCAGAAACUCCCAGAAGUUCGGAUCGGCAGUGGUGUCGCUGAGGCAAAGCUCCAGUGGAACAAUCGUGGGGCACACUAUCCGCCCGAGGCUUCUCCUGCCUGCGAGCUUGGGCGAAUUCGCUGGGCCGACGGCUUUGUCACCUCGCUCAAUGCCCAACAGCCCCUUGGCAUUUGGGAAACCUACGAAGCAGGUGCAAACGAGACGGUUCCGGGGAAGUCCAGGUUUCAGUUCUGGCCUUUCCGCCUUCGGCCGACGCGCCCCCGGUGCCCAUCCACGUCCUCAAAGGCCAUAUACAGCAUCCGGCAGCUGGUUUUUACAGGCCGCGACACACUGUCUCCGGAGAAUCCCUGGCCACCACCUGGAGUGCUGACAGAACUGGCGGAGAGGCUGGCGUACAGGACCGCCUCCACUGCGGAAGGGCCGGGAGGACUUUUGUGGGCUGCAGUCGGAUGCGAGGAUAUGCUCGCGCGGCUCGCAGCCUUGGAGCUGGAGCCCUGCUUCUGCAUCGUCGUCUCUGUCGCCGAGGCGGAGCUACGCUGUCGCCCGGAACUGCUGGGCAUUGCAGAGCUGCUCAGAGGGGUCGAGGACCUGGAGAAAGGCGAAGAGCAUGUCCUGCCUCCCGCAAUACGUCAGCUUCUUCUUGAGGACUUCAACGCCACGGAAUAUGCAUACGAGCCAGACGUCGUGCACAGACGAUUCCUCCAUCGUGCGAAGUCAGUGCCUGCUGGUCAUUCUGCCUUGGUGUCCCACGGUCCUGCGGGCGAUGUCAGUGCAACCAGCUACCAGGACCUCGCGGAGAAGGCCGUGCAGGCUGCGCGAUGGCUCAUGGAGCGCAAGAUUUCGGGGGGCCCGGGCCCUGUUGCUGUUUGGAUGCCGCGGAGCGAGACGGUUGUGGUGUCGGCUCUGGCAAUUCUCAUGGUCGGGGGAGUGUAUGUCCCUUGCGAUGAUCGCUUGCCGUGGCAACGUGUUCAGCACAUGGUGGAAGACGCAGCGGUGAUUCUGAUUCUGGCAGGACCGCAGCAGCUGCAGCUGAUCCCAUGCUCAAUCCCUGCCGUUGAUGGAUCCCUUCUCUCGGAGCCGACUGAGCAGCUCACGCGCGACGCCGGCGACGAGUGCGUGCUCCCGGCGUCCAUCGACUGCGACGAGCUUGCGUACGUGAUCUUCACAUCGGGAUCGACAGGCAAGCCGAAAGGAGUCGCCGUGACCCACCGGUCCAUCGUGCAUCUCAUCGACUGGGUGAACAGCACCUUCAAUGUCACACAGAGGGAUGCUUUGCUCUUCACCACCUCCAUCGGCUUCGACCUCUCGUGCUACGACAUCUUUGGGUCUUUGUCAGCGGGAAGCACCAUUCACUUCUGGUCCGGCUCCGAAACAGCCUCUCCCGACCAGCUUUUCGAUCUCUUGGUUUCAGAGAGGAUCAGCUUCUGGGACUCCGCCCCCCAGGUUUUGCAGCAACUGGAGCCCAGGCUCGCAGAGGCUGCGCCAGCUCUCGCCGCUCUGCGCCUGGUGUUCUUAAGUGGAGACUGGGUGCCCAUCUCCUUGGUCCAAAGCCUUUUAAGGGCCGGACCGGAAAAAGCACCACAGGUGGUUGCACUGGGCGGUGCCACAGAAGUUACGGUUUGGUCCAACUACUUCGAGGUACCACUGAUAGAUGCAGACUGGCCUUCCAUUCCCUACGGCCGGCCCAUCUGGAACCAUCAGUACUAUUGCCUUGGGCAAUCUGGGCCCGUUCAUGUCGGGAUGACCGGUGAGCUCUACAUCGGCGGUGUUGGAGUGGCCCAGGGCUAUAUAGGCCGGCCCGACUUGACCGCAGAGCGCUUCUUGCCGAACUCCUUUCACUCUGGGCGGAUCUAUCGGACUGGCGAUAUGGUCCGCUUCAUGCCUCUGAAGCCUUGGGGAGACCCGUCCCAGCUUCAGCAGUUUAAUGCCUCCGACGUCGUGCUGGAGUUCCUUGGCCGUAUCGACUCGCAGGUGAAAGUCCGCGGCUAUCGCGUGGAAUUGGCAGAGGUUGAGCUGGCUUUCUUGAAGCAGCCCGGUAUCGAAGCCGCAAGCGUCUUAGCCUUGCCAUCCGGUGAGAAUGCGGCUGGUUGGAAGACACUGGUUGCCUUCGUUGUGGCUGAAGAAGGCAUGGCCGAGGCAGCCCGCCAAAGAGCUGGCCAAGUUUUGCCCGCUUACAUGGUCCCCGACGUGUGCGUCUGCCUCCACGCACUUCCUUUGAGCCACAGCGGCAAACCGGACAAGUCCAAGCUCCGAUCGCUCUGGGAAGCCCGGAGCCGCCGGAGCAACGCCGACAGAGACGUCCAGGAGGGCAACGACUGGGAGCGUUUGGUGGCAGAAGUCUUCCAGGAGGUCCUUGGCCAAGCCGUGCCUGUUGGAAUCCAUGAAGACUUCUUCGACCUCGGAGGCCACUCCCUGUCGGCCAUGAAGCUGCAGGCGGCGCUGAAGAAGAAGUUGAAGGAGGCGGAGGUCACCUUGGCUGACGUCCUUCGCGCCCGCACACCAAAGCGCCUCGCCCAAAUGCUCCUCGAUGCCGAAGCGAAGCUGAAGCAGCGACAGGUUUCAGCACCGCCGCUGCUGCCAGUCAGCAGCAACCAGCCUCUUGCCUCCUUUGCGCAGGAGAGGUUGUGGUUGGUCGACCAACUCUUCCCUGGGAGUGCUGCCUACAACGUUCCGUUUGCCUUCCGGCUUUCAGCCCAGCGCACCUCCCUCACCCGCGCUGGCCUAGUUGCGGGCUUGGAGGCCUUGGUCCGAAAUCACUCCGUGCUGCGCACUGCGCUCAUUCAAGAUGCAACAUCGCUGGUUCAGAAGAUCAACGACAUGGUAUCCAUUCACUUGCCGGACCCCUUGUCAGCUGCGGCUUGCUUGUGCAGCUGGCUUUGGUUUCAUCUGCCUUCAAGCGACAUCUGGUCAGAAGCUGCCGAGGGAGCUGCAGAGCUCAUGCGUCUUGAUGCCAGCCGAGGUUUUCAGCUCGACCACUGCCUUCUCCGAGUCCACGUCUUCUGCAUGCCAGAGAAAGGCAAGUCCAGCUUCCUAGUGUAUUUCAACGUGCAUCACGCUGCCUUUGAUGCCACGUCUCAGGCUUUGCUUGAGAAGGAGUUGCUCGAGCUUCUCACCUCCGACACACCUUGCCCUGCACCAUCACCGCAAUACUCAGACUACGCUGUCUGGCAGCGGGCUUUCCUGGCUGCCGGCGAGGAGCAGCGGUGCCUCGACAUUUGGGCCUCGGAGCUCGCAGGCGUUGGCCUCAGCCUCCGCCUGCCCUUCGACGCCCCGUUGCCUCGGAACGGCGAAGCCGCCGCUGGCGAGUUGGUCUCCGAGUGGCCGACCGAGAGCCUGGGCGCCCUGCGCAAGGCCGCUGCGCAACUGGGAGCCUCCGAGAUGGCCCUGCUGCUCUCGCUGUUUGGACUUGCGCUCGGAUGCCGCUGUGGCCAGGAGGAGCUGCUGGUGGGGAUCCCGGAGGCUGGCAGGAGCAAGACUCCUGAGCUGCAGAAGAUCCUGGGUUUUUUCGUGAACACGUUGCCGAUCCGCUUGCAGCUCUUCGGAGAGCCGGCCGAUCGACGCUUCACCUUCGGCCAGCUGGUGCAGAGGACUCAGGGCCGCCUGCUCGCGGCCCUUGAUGCAGCUGCCCUUCCCUUUCAAAGACUCGUUGCAGAGCUGCGAAAGACCAGGGGAGAGGAGAUGGAUGUCCAGAGCGAGCGGAAUCCCAUCGUCCAAGCCUUCUUCCAGCACGUCAUUCCAGGUCAGUUUGCAGACGGCUCCAGGGAGCUCGCGCGGCAGAAGGGCCUGGAGGUUGAAGACUUUGACUUCGGUCCGAUUCCGACGGCAGCGAAAUUCGAAGUGAGUCUUCAGACAUCGGCUUCGGCACACGGCCGGCUCAAUCUUCGCUGGGAGUUCAUGAGGGAAGUUCUGGCAAGAACGAGCAUCGAGAUUUUGGAUCGCCACUUGUACGCCAUGACUCGGCGCAUUGCGGCAGUAUCCGAAUCCGAAUCGCCAAAGAUGCUCACUGCGGAGCUUGGGCUGGCUCCACAUGACGAGCGAGAAGCCUUGCACAGCUGGGCCUCAAGCAGGGCACUGCCCCUCCCGGACCAUCUGCGUGUGGAGGGGUUAUUUCUACAGCAAGCCAAGCGCACUCCAAAGCAGACGGCUCUUUCCUCGGACGGGGUCAGCUUGUCCUAUGAAGCUUUGGCAGGGGCGGCUCGUGGAUUGGCAAGAUCGUUGAGCACAGCUCUGAAGGAAGCUCCCGGCCACGAUCCGACUCAUCAGACCGUUGUGGGCGUGUUUGCCAAUCGAUGUCAGGAGCUCCUGAUUGCUCUGCUGGCAGUGCUCUUGUUGGGGGCUUCGUUUCUUCCUCUGGCCCCGGAAAAUCCAUUGGAGCGGCUUUGUUUCAUGAUGUCUCAGGCCAAGGCUGUGGCACUUCUUAGCACCAGGUCUCUUGCAGAGGCCGGGCUCAGGAUCGUGAACCAGAGCGACCGCCGGAUUCUGUUCCUCGAAGUUCGGGUCCAGGAGGACGUCGACCAAAUGGAGCAAGUUCCCAUCUCACCUUCUUCAAAGUCGACGGCAGCCUAUGUGCUCUUCACUUCGGGUUCGACUGGCAAACCGAAGGGUGUCUUGCUUUCUCAUCGGGCACUGCUUUCGCACCUCUUGCCCUACAUUCGCACUCUGGGGCUGAAGGGGUCGGAUCAGGUGCUACUGACCAGCUCCUUCUCUUUCGACAUGGCCUACUCACAGAUAUUUGGUGCACUGCUAAGCGGAGCAACUCUGAUUCUGACGAAGGAGAACCCCAUGACGGAUCCGUCCGAACUCUGGAAAAUCAUGAAGAAGAAUACUGUGACGUUCACAACAGUCGUGCCAUCUGUCCUGUCAGCUAUGGUCCAUCUCACAACGGAGCCUUUGGCACUUCCGAGUCUUAGACAUUUGGGCUGCGGUGGUGAAGCCCUGGCGUCUGCUGCGAAGGAAUACUACAGCCGUGCCCCGACAUCCCGGGUUCUACUGCACAAUCGCUAUGGCCCAACAGAGUGUGCCAUCAAUGCUUUGCUGUUUGGGCCGAGCCCUCUACAGGAAGUCGCAGGGGAAGAUGUGCCGAUCGGCUGGGCCUCCUCCCACCGGCAUGUGCACCUGAAGACCGAAGGACAGGCCUGCGAGCAAGACCUGUUGAUGCUCGGGCUGGGUGGAGAGCUCUUGCUCGCGGGUCCCGGUCUGGCGCCGGGAUAUGUGGCCGCACCGGAGCUUACGGAUCAAGCUUUCAGGCAGUCUUCCCGAGGUGCUGGGAAAAGCUACCACACCGGAGAUCUAGUCGUCCGGGAGCGCUCCAAAGACGGCCUUUGCGGCUGCCUGCGGUUCUGUGGUCGAAAGGACUUGCAGGUGAAGCUGCGGGGCCAGCGCGUGGAGUUGGCAGAGAUCGAGCGCGUACUUUGCCGACACUCCGCUGUGGAAGCCGCAGUUUCUGUGCUCGCGCCCGCCGCAGAGUCUGGGACUCCUGGAGGUUUCGCAGACGAGAGCGGCAUCCUUGUGGCCGUAGUGUCUGCGAAGGAGACAUCCUCAACGCUUUUGCCGGAGCUGCUGGAGAUUUGUCGGACGAGUUUGCCUGGUUCCAUGGUGCCUCAGCGAAUUCUUUUCUGGAAGACCGCUGCAUGGUCACGCACGACCUCUGGCAAAGUAGACCGCCGUACCCUCACUGCCUCGGUAGCCGCAGAGCUCAGAAAGGAUCGGGAAACCAGAAAGGAGAAAGGUCCCGCUUCGUGCGCUUCGCAUGGGCAAGAAGAGGACUUACUAGCCAUACUCAGGGAGGUCACUGGCAGGGCGCCGACUUCACCUUCGCAGCCCUUGGAGAGCUUGGGCUUAACGUCUCUGUCAGCGGUAAGGGUGGCCUCCAUGGCACUUGAUCGGCAUAUCCAAAUUUCCGUUCGUCAGAUGCUGUCGCCAGGGGCUUCUAUUGCAAGGCUUAUCGCGGAGUCUUCACGCUUGAGAGUGGAGUCUUCCCACGCCGCAAUCCAGGAUGUGGUGGCCCUCCUAAUGGGCAGCGAGUCCAUUCGUUGGAAGCCUUUGGCGCAGUCGGAUGCUCACAAAGAGGUGUGCGAGGUGUUGGUUUGCCCUGGUGAUGGAGGCGCUGGGAUCGACGGCUACCGUCCCUUGGCCCAGUCACUGCUGGAGGCUGCGACACUGGCAGUGAGCGCAGCGGAUGGAUUGCUCAGCGAGGAUGCUCAGCACUCGGAGAGCUUGGAUGACCUGGCAGAAGUCUUGCGGCAGAGGUGCGCGGGCGAGCACAAAGACCUGAUUCUGUUGGGCCACUCCUGGGGAGCAACGCUGGUGCUGGUGCUAGCGCGUGGCCUCGUGGCUGCCGGAAGGGUUGUGAAGGCUGUUUGGCUGUUGGACCCCUCCGCCGAGCACCUGGCGCCGGACUUGCCAACCCCUCCUGUUGCAGAGGAAGCUUUGCGCGACUUCCUGGCGAUGAUGCUGCGCUUGGUGUCUCAGGGCACUGCAGCGUGGGGAGCUGCAAGACAAGUGCUGCAGGACGCGUACCAAGCUGCCUGCAUGGGAAAGAUGACAGAACUGGAGGAGGGUCUGGGUGCCAGUUGGCUGUGCGUGGAGCGUGCCGCCACACGCAGGUCUCGCAAUCUGGGCUUGCAGCCACUCUCUUUGGGUCCUCUGCCCGUGCCCAUCCAUGUGAUGCUGGCAAGAAGGGAAGACGAAAGCAGUGCUGAGAGCAUGCGACGGCGCCAAGAAGUCGAGGCUCGACUUGGGCACAUGUCUGCUGAUGUAUCCGUCGCGUGGGCGUGUGGCACUCACCAUUCAAUGAUUGAGCCUGCCAAUUGUGCUUCCUUGGUGACCGGUUUGGUUCAAUCCACAGACUUCCUGUGUGGGACUUGA